AUGAAAGGUCUUUUAAAGUUUUCAUUAUUUUGGAUAAAAAAAAGGUUAAGGAUGCCACAAGAUAAAACUCAUUACACAGUUCUUGGAGUAUCCCAGGAAGCAACUCAAGAUGAGAUAAAAAAAGCUUAUAAAAAACUUGCUUUAAAAUAUCAUCCUGAUAAGAAUCCUUCUGGUGAAUAUCGAUUUAAAAAAAUAUCAAACGCAUAUAAGGUACUCUCAGAUCCUAAAAAAAAAUUAGAUUAUGAUACUUCAUUACGCCAACCAGAAGAUGAUAAUGAUAGUGAUUCACAAAUAAUAAAUGUAAAUUUUUCAUACCAAAGUACUCCUGGAUCUAUGUCAUCUUUCUCUUUUACAAGCACCUCUGGCUUUAACCCUUUUGCAAAUACUUCUGGAUUUAAUCAUUUUGGUAGAAGUUCUCGUGGACGUGAAAAUUUCCAUCCAGAUACAAAUGAUUUAGCAUCUGAAUUUUUCUCAAACUCACCAUUUGGUCCUGAAUUCCAUUUCUUUAAUUCAUUUUCAAGACAAUUUGGAGGUUCAGGUUUUAAUAAUGAUAUAAUCGAUCAAUUCUUUGGUACAUUUUCACCAAAUAGUCGUGCAAGACGGCCUAACUUAAAUCACCAUCAUAAUCUUGGUGGUUCAAAUUUAUUUAGAAAUAAUGCAUUCCCUGAUCCAUUUGAUUUAGAUAUAAAUUCUUUCAUUGACCAAUUUUUAAUGGGUGACAUGUUCCCUCGUCUUUAG